AUGGAUCUGUCAAUCAAAGAGUUUGCUCUGUUAAAUUAUGAAAAACUCGGUAAUAAGGAGCAUUUAGUUAGUCACAAGAUACACAGUAAACGCCGUUUCACUAACCAAAUUCGACUUUUUAAAGAGUAUAUAAACACAAUUUUUCUAACUACUUUAAUUUCCAAAAAUAUGUUGCUGUUCAUUGCAUUCAUGUUGGUUCUUGGUUCAUUUUUGCAAAAUUCAUAUGUGG